CCCUACUUCCAGUGCCCCUUCUGCUCCAACCCUAAGUUCCGGUUCCUCUCCCUCGGGCCAGUCCCCAGCAACGGGGAGGACAAGAGGUCGAGGGUCGAGGUGAACGCGGGCCUCGAGGCUGUCGUCGCCCCCCGGGGGGGCACCCUCCUCGGGGACGAUAGGGACAACAUGAGGAGGGUGAUCGAUAGGGAGUCGGCCAAGGCUCUGGUCGCGGCGGCCAAGAUCGCCUGCGCCACGAUGAGCAAGGCCGCGGCCAUCGCGAGGGUCAAGACGGAGCGAAGGGUCAAGGAGGCGGCGUUGGCAAGGAAGAGGGCGAGGGAGGCCUUGGAGAGGGUGGCCUUCUUGACGCUGAAGGAGAAGGAGAGGGAUUUGAAGGUGGGGGUUGCCAAUGGGGUUGCGUUUGCUCCGGAGCAGAAGGUUAAGCCCGGGGUUGUGGAGAACGAGAAGGUGAAUCAAGGGGUUGAUGGGAUUUUGGGUUUGUCACCGACAAAUGGUGUUGUCUCGGUUGCCGGGGGUGUACAGGGAGAGAAGUUGCAUUCGGUUUCGCCGGUUGCCGGGCUCAAUAACGUUCAACAGAAUAAAACCGAAAACUGA